AUGAUAUACCAACACAAUGGAGCUCCUGCGCAUUUUCAUCGAGAUGUUCGCGAUAUUUUGAACGCGCGUUAUAUCGCGAUAGAUACAUGGUUAGGUCGGGGAGGUCCUAUCGCCUGGCCACCACGGUCGCCAGAUAUGAAUGUUCUCGACUUUUUUGUUUGGGGCUAUAUUAAAGAAUUAGUCGAGCCUCGGCAUAGUGAUACAGAAAACGAGGUUCGUGAAGCUAUCAUUGCAGCCUUCGAGACCAUUACACUGGAAAUGGAGCACCGUGCAACGCGUAGCACUGUUCCAAGGGCCGAACUCUGCAUACGAGAGGAAGGACGGCACUUUGAACAAUUUUUGCACUAA